GCCACAAACACUGCGAGCUGGCCCACCGCAGCAACAAACACUGCCUGGCAACGCAUAUAUUAGGUGGACUAUACCAGCCACGGUGCCACCCCACAACUACAUCAGUUUCUGUACACGCAGCCGUGCAUACUAGUGCACUGUGCAUCCGCCCACUGCCCAGUACCAGUUGUGUUCUCGCUUUGUGUGUUUGGUAUAUGUAUAGAGGCGUAUAUUUUCCUUUUAAAAGCAUAAACGAGUUGCUACAGUUCUAUCAUUCUCUGUCAGUACCGGUCUCCAUGAAGCCACACUUGUAUUUCUCUGAAUAUCUAAUGUUACACCUUGGUAGCUGUGUGUGUGUCCUUACUGCAGUGACAAGUCGCAGAAGUGAUCAUUCUUAACACUAUUUCACAAGGAAAGACUUGAUGUGUUCAAGAACAAGAAGUGAUGCCUUGCAGAUUUCAGUUACACAUUUAUGCAGUUUGUCUUCAUGAGUGACCGAAGCAUCAACAGAGGCGGGAAAAAACAAUUGACCAAUAGAUAUCAACUCGACCAAGAGAUGUCGCCUGAUGAACCUUCGGCUACGGAUAAGCUCACUACUGGUGUUCCGCAGGAGCAGGUGGAGGAGCACACAGGUGCCAGGAGGCGGAGGAUCUUUACGCAAGUGGUGAUGGUGUUGGGGGCGAGCUUGGGCCACGUAGGGCUGGCAAUUGUGGCGGCUUGGCCCAAUCCUGCAGUACCAGACAUGCGUCAACAUAACACUACCAUCUAUGGCACCCCCAUUGUCCUCACCACCUGGCAGAUCGAUAUGCUAGGCAGCAUAGUGGCCAUAGGUAACCUGCCUGGGACGUUGUUGUGGGGGUGGUUGGUGGCGACCAUAGGGCGGAAGACAGCAAUGAUGUUACUCGUACUGCCCUACACACUCGCCUGGUGCCUGGUGGCCCUCGCAGUCAACCCUACCAUGUUGCUCGCUGGCAGGGUCGUCCAUGGCAUCUGUAUUGGGGCAACGUUUGUGUCAGCAAGUACAUAUGUUAUUGAGCUACCAGACACAUCUAUCCGAGGGGCCGUAGCCACCAUCCCAAACGUAGGGCUCAGUCUUGGCUUCAUCAUAACUCCCUCACUGGGUCUGGUCUUGCGAUGGUAUGAGAUAGCAUUUGUAGGUUUAGCGAUCAUUGUAGCCCAUACAAUAGUAAUGGCUUUCCUGCCGGAGAGCCCAUCUUUCCUCGCUAUUAAAGGACAGGAGAAGAAGGCAAAGCAGAUUUUGCUUAAGCUUCGAGGCCCAAGUGCUAACGUGGAUGAGGAGUUACAAACCCUCUGUGAGGAAAACAAAGAAAAGGCAAAGGAGCCACUUGUAAAGGUUCUCCAGGAACCCAUCAUCCAAAGGUCAGUUGGAAUUGUGGUCACACUCUUUUUCGUCCAAAACUUCUGUGGUCUGAUGGUAUUUUCCGUAAACAUGACACGCAUAUUCCUGGAGGCUGGUUCCACGAUGAGUGAACAUGUGGCCAGCAUCCUGGUCUUUCUGGUCCAGGCAGCAGGAACUAUCCUGGCCUGCAUCUACCUGGAUCGCUUCGGCCGUCGGAUCUGCUUGGUGUUCUCUCUCGCGGUCAUGACGAUCUGCUUAGUGACCAUGGGAGUGUAUCACUACUUUCAAGAUGCCACCAUGUUUGAGACUGACUCUAUAGUGAAGAACAUCACAGGAGUGGUAACAAAUGACGAUAUGGACGAGAGGUCUGCCCCAACUUCCUAUUACACCUGGGUGCCACUAUUGUGCCUCAUGGUGUACAUGUUCACCUCCAGCUGCGGUGCCGGCCCGGUUCCCGCACUCCUCAAUGCUGAGUACUUCCCCACGGCAGUGCGAGCACAGCUAUCUGGUUUGUGUAUGGUGCUGGGCAGUAUGCUCAACUUUGCGGCACUGCAAUUGUUUACACCCAUGCAAGUUGCCCUCACCACUGCUGGCCUGUACUGGUUUUAUGCUGCUAUCUCCAUCUUUGGUAUUUUCUUCACCCUCAUCUGUGUCAGGGAGACAAAGGGCAAAGCUGUUGGGUAAAGGCUGAGCUGCCAAUAUCCAGGAUGGUCUGGUGUUGUACUGUUCAUAUCAUGUUUAACAUUAGUUUGGCAGAUGUUCCUCGAGUGUUUAAAUGUGACUAAGAUCUUUCCUGUAGAAAAAAAGUCAAUCUGCUCAGUAAUUGAAUAAUCAAGGCCAAGGUUAGAAAAUUUUUUGUCUCAAGGAGAAUUAACGAAAUUAAUGUACAGUACAGUGUAUAAAAAGAAGGAGGUUAGUGAUUGUCCAUUUGUCUGUCUAUACAGUACAGUAUGCGUAUCUGUGUUGUCAUAAAUUUUCUAAACCCUUUUUUAAAUUCAGUAUGAAACAUGGCAAGAUUAUUUCCUUAAUAAAAUUUCAAGGAAUUGUUCUUGGAAAAUCUGUGAUCUUUUGUGAGUUUCCUGUAGUGGACAAAACACUCAAAAUUUAAUUAAUUUUGGAAAACAGUUUUCCCUUUGUUUAGAUGUGGAGGAGAAAUUUUAAUCACAUGCAUGAAAUGAAUGAAGUAAGCUUUUGGCUGAAAUUUAGAGAAAUGUUAAAAUGAAAGCCGGUUGAUAGGUAUAGUAUACAUACAAUGAUGGUUAGUUAAGUAUUUUGCUUAAGGGGUACUGUAUACAGUAUAUAUAUUUUAAAGAUUAUUGUAGUUGUUUUAUUUUAUUUGACUUGGAUCAAGAGCCAGUUAUGUCCAUACCUGGUAUUUAUUGUUACCAACAGUUAGCACUGGUAACAGCAUUAAUAAAGCUAUAAUUUCAAUAAUAUCUUGUGGGCUUUCAGCAUGCGUGAAAAUACAGUAGAGUACAGUAUAUUGUAACUAUACCAUAUUAUUAUAUACUCGUAUAUCUACUGUACAGUAUGUGAAAUAUCAAGUAUACAAUAAUGGACAGUAGGCAUAUUGUGUAUGAUGUCCUGUACUGCAUAUCUGAUGUUUUAUUCACAAAUACUUUAGUUAUAUUUUAUACAUAUAGAUAAUUUACCAUUAAUACAGUAUUUCAUAUAAUAUAUGUCUUUUUAUGUUCAAAUUUUUGUGGUAUAAGUGAAAAAGUCAUCCUUGAACAUUUUGGCUCCCAUCUUACAACAUCCAAGACUGCAAGGAGACACUGGAAAUGUUGCUGAGAGGGUCUACAUGUAGUGUUGGCUUGGUAUUCAUAUAAAUGAUUCAGUUGCUAGCAGCCUGACAUGAAAUAUUGAAGAAUCAAAAGUAGUCACAGGAAGUAGCUUUAGUCGGUAGCAUUAAUAAGAGGCUCCUGUUAGUUGCAUUAGCAAAGACAUUUAAUAAGUACACUACUUUAGCUUUAAUUACUAGCAUCAACAAGGACCUUCUACAAAUAACCUCAUAGGAGAAAAUGGACAUAGCAUAAACAAAUCAGAGAAGGAGCAGACGUGAAGAAACACUAGAACUCAGGUCUCCUAACCUCAAACAAAAUAUGAGAAAAAUAAUUGAUACAGUAAUAAGAAUUAAUAACAAGCAGCAUCAAAGAGCUGUCAGUUAAUCAUCUAAUAUACUAUAGGACUAGCCGUGUGUCUGUCUGUUCUGGCCAGCCGAAACGGCACAAUCGUUUUUCAUCAAACUUCGUGGAAAAAUCGCAAAAAAAUCGUAGAGUGGAACAAACCUGGUCCCAUGUCGAUGGUUUCUUUAGGAACACAUUAAUUAACGAUUUUAUUUACGCUGGCAACAGAUGUGGCUGUAGCUGUCAGCCGGCCGGACGAUUGCAGUUAUCGUACGGCUCCCUCCUCUUCCCCCCCACUUUUUCUCUUAGCCUACUUUUUUUUUUAAUGUUGUUUGGAUUAGUAA